AUGGCUUCCAGAUCAGAGAAGGAUCUCUGCUGUCCGAUCUGUCAUGAUGUCUUUAGAGAUCCUGUUGUUCUGUCAUGUAGCCACAGCUUCUGUAAAGACUGUCUGAAGAGCUGGUGGACCGAGAAACCAACACGGGAGUGCCCAGUUUGUAAGAAAAGAUCUUCAAAGGGAGAACCACCUAUUAGUCUGGUGUUAAAGAACCUGUGUGAGUCCGUCUUACAGGAGAGAGAUCAGAGAGCUUCAGAGGCUCUCUGCAGUCUGCACUCUGAGAAACUCAAACUCUUCUGUCUGGACCAUCAGCAGCCAGUUUGUGUCGUCUGCAGAGAUUCAGAAAAACACUCCAACCACAGAUUCAGUCCAGUCAAUGAAGCUGCACGACAACACAAGAAGAAACUUCAGGAAACUCUUGAGUCCUUAAAGGAGAAGUUAAAGGUUUUUGAACAAGUUAAAGUGAAGUUUGAUCAAACAGCAAAACACAUGAAGGUCCAGGCCCGACGCACAGAGACGCAGAUUAAGGAUCAGUUUAAGAAGCUUCACCAGUUUCUAGAAGAGGAAGAGGAGGCCAGGAUGGCUGCACUGAGGGAGGAAGAGGAGCAGAAGAGUCAGAGGAUGAAGGAGAAGAUGGAGGCUCUGAGCAGAGAGAUAGCAGCUCUUUCAGACACAGUCAGAGUCACAGAGGAGGAGCUGAGAGCUGAAGACGUCUCAUUCCUGAUCAACUACAAGGCUGCAGUGGGAAGAGUCCAGCAGAGCCCCCUGCUGGAGGAUCCACAGCUGCUCUCAGGAGCUCUGAUAGACGAGGCCAAACACCUGGGCAACCUGAGCUUCAACAUCUGGAACAAGAUGAAUGGGAUGGUCUCCUACACUCCUGUGAUUCUGGACCCAAACGCUGCUCAUCCAAGACUCAUCCUGUCUGAAGAUCUGACCAGUGUGAGACGAGGAGAGAAACAGCAGCUUCCUGAUAAUCCAGAGAGGUUUGAUAAAUACGGCACUACUCUGGGCUCUGAGGGCUUUAACUCAGGGACUCAUAGCUGGGAUGUUGAGGUUGGAGACAGUACAGCCUGGUUUCUGGGUGUGUUAGCGGAGUCUGUCCAGAGGAAGGGACGCAUACGGUCUGGAAUAUGGACAAUAGGGUUCUAUAAAGGUAAAUACUCAGCAUGGUCACCGCCAGAUCCAUCAACUGUUCUCAGAGUAAAGAAGAAGCUCCAGAGGAUCAGAGUGACUCUGGACUGGAACAGAGGAAAGCUGUCGUUCUCUGAUCUUGAUACUAACACACACAUACACACCUUCACACACACUUUCACUGAGAGGAUGUUUCCAUACUUUUACACUGAGAAAGAACUGACAAUAUUACCACUAAAGGAGAGAGAUCAGAGAGCUUCAGAGGCUCUCUGCAGUCUGCACUCUGAGAAACUCAAACUCUUCUGUCUGGACCAUCAGCAGCCAGUGUGUCUCGUCUGCAGAGAUUCAGAAAAACACUCCAACCACAGAUUCAGACCCAUCGAUGAAGCUGCACGACAACACAAGAAGAAACUUCAGGAAACUCUGGAGUCCUUAAAGGAGAAGUUAUGGGAUUUUGAACAAGUUAAAGUGGAGUGUGAUCAAAUAGCAAAACACAUGAAGGUCCAGGCCCGACGCACAGAGAGAAAGAUUAAGGAUCAGUUUAAGAAGCUUCGCCAGUUUCUAGAAGAGGAAGAGGAGAUGAAGGACAUGGUUUCCUACUCUCCUGUGAUUCUGGACCCAAACACUGCUCAUCCAAGACUCAUCCUGUCUGAAGAUCUGACCAGUGUGAUACCAGGAGAGAAACAGCAACUUCCUGAUAAUCCAGAGAGGUUUGACUAUUGUUUGCUGGGCUCUGAGGGCUUUAACUCAGGGACUCACAGCUGGGAUGUUGAGAUCAACAUGGCAGCCGUCCAACAAGCCAUUAUCACGGCGCAGGCCGGGCACUUUCACUCCCACACGAAACAUGAUCGUCUGAUUGCAGGAGGAGGGAACCGAAAUCGUAAUCCAGAUUAG